UUUGAGACAGACUGGGGAACAACAGUAUCAAUUUCCCCAUCCUAGUGCAGCCGGCGCAGUUGUUUGGACUUCUCAUGUGAAGCAAAGACAUUUGAGACAUGAGCGUCCAGGCCUCCUCGCCCAAAGUCACUGGUGAGGGUCACACCGCUGGAGGCUCAGCGGCUGCCCCUAGCGCCCGGCCACAGGCUAAAGCCCCGAACUUUGCUCUGGCUUGGCAGUUCGUCUCCAACUUGCCAGGUGCACCACCAGGUGCCCCAGCGCCAGUCUACCGUGCAGCAAAUUCGCCGAAUUUGCCACGGGCAGGUUCACCACCGAUGAAUUCGGGUGUGCGUUCACCCCGAGCCGUGUCGCCGCCAAUGAGCAAGUCAUUGUGUUCACCAGGUAUCGGCCGGCUAGGAGGGGCUGCGCCACCCAGCAACCGCAUGCAAUUGGCGAAAGCGCCCAUGAAUUGGAGGGCUGGCCCGCCAGGUGGGUCACCCUCCGGCCCUGGUGGCCUUGGCCCCGUGUCCGCAGCGGAGUGGAGUUCCUCCCCGCGUGCGCAUUCACCACUGGUGGUGAGGAUUCCAAGUCCACAUGCAAAGGAGCACCACGUGCUCAAUCCCACACCACGGAUGGUGAUGACCAAACAUCCCUCGCAAUCCCAGAUCGGACCACACCGGGAACAGGUCCGGUGGUCUCACGUGGGACGGCAGCUCUCUCCUCGAACGCAGCCAGUUCGACAAGGCUCGCCUCCAGGUGUGCUGAGCCGGGCAUCACCACAGCAAGGUGCACAGGCUCCGCCCCCCUCCGACAUGUAUGAGAUGCAGUUGCCUCCGCAGGCACCACAGGCUUUCCAGGCAAAGCAUCCCCACAUCAUCCAGGCACAUGUGCCACAGGUGCCACAAGCACCACAAGUGGCUCCACAGGUACAGCAGGUGCCACAAGCGGCUCCACACCCAUCCCAAGCCAUGCAGCACCCAAUGCAACUUUUGCAAGCGCCUCAAGCAGUGGAGUCACUCCCCCACGUGCAAGUAACAACUUUAGCAAGGAUAGCAGGUGAUCCUUUGCAAGCACAACUGCUUGAGAACAAUCUGGUGGUGCGGAAGGCCUCAUCAGAUGCGACCCAGGUUCCUUCACGCAGGGCUUCAAAUGGAACGCUGUCUCCGGUGCAGUCGCCAGUGUUGACAACACGCGGCGUUGCAACUUCCGAGUCGCCACAUCCUGGCACAGAAGGCGGCAAAAGCAGUGCUGCAACCCAGCCACUUUGGGCGCUCCAUGUCGAGGUUCCAGGCACCGCACGUAGCCUACUCCAUGAGUGGGAAGCAGGAUGUGAACUGCCUGCCACACAGAGAGUGGGGUUGCUCUUCCAGAAGGACUUUUUCACGUCUGUGCUGGGCGAAGAGGCCUCUUUGGUGGACCGGGAGCAGUUCCAGAUCUGGGCAGUGCAGUCAGUCGGGAGCACCAGUCCGGAGCCUUGGUGCCGUGCCACUCACAGUUCUCUUCACUCAUUCCACGCAAUCCCUUCGAUAGAGACGAAUGCUUUUGGGAUGCUUUUUCAUGCUUUCAUGCACCGUCAUCAAGACAGCAUCCUGUCCUGCUCAGACCGUUCGUGCUCCUUCUUUUUCACGAAUUUCAGCUCCAACGGAACCAUGGUGAACGACCAGCUGCUAUCAAUUGGUGGGGAGCAGGUGCCCUUGAAGGAUGGAGAUCGAAUCGCUUUACAGCGCGAGGGUGAACAGGGCGACACCAGAACGACCCUGCUAGAGUUCCGCUUCGAUCUUCGGGGAUCGAUCCUGAAGGACCUCGCAGCCUGGCUCCUUCCGGCACGGCAUGUAGCUCCAUUCAGCAACGCAAACGCUGCGCCCACCAUGGCACAUUUGCCGGGAUCUAUGGCAGAGCCAGCUCCACCAACUCCGCGUGAGGCGAUGCCCAUGCCUGCGCCCUCAAAGGAGGAGGAGGAGGACUUGUCGGAGGACAAGACCAGUAUGGUGAGGUCGCUGGAGGCAGUUUCUUUCUUAGGGGUACAGAUGUUGCCUCUAUUUUCUUUAGAACUUGGUGGACAAGGUCUACGUGCUGAUGCGCGGAAGGAGGACCUGUGCAUCAUCCAUGGCCCACCAGCACCCAAGAGCGAGGGCGGUGCUGUGCAGGGCAGUUGCUUGCCUCUUCUGCUUGGUCGCUCUCAACAACGCAGCUUUUGGCAGCGAAGGGCACAGACUUCAAUCGCAAGGAAGUGCACGGAAAAAGUAGAACACCCAAUGAACAAGAGUUACUUUAUUCUGAGACUACUAGUAACAAGGGCAUCGCUACUAGUAGCAAGUGCAUCGCCAUUAGUAACAAGAAGCUACUAGUAACUCUGACAUGUUUCGCUUCAGAAGAGCAGAUGAAGAUGUCGGUCUUUUGCAACGACAACUCUGGAGGGUUGCACGCCUCAAGGUAGCCAAGGUAGGUAACGGAGGUGUUCGGUGAUGACUGUUUCACCUCGUGUCUGCCAUGAACUCUUUCACCUCUGAGGCGGCUGUUGGUCUCUGAUGCCU